UAGUACUGCCUAUCUGGCCAUCCCACAUUACCUUGCAAUGUCCUCAAAUUUAAAUCGACCACUAUCAUGCUGGAUUGUGGACUGGACACGACUUCUGUCCUUAACUUCUUACCCCUUCCUCUCGUGCACAGCUCAAGACUCUCAAAGCUACCUGGUUGGAGUGCUAAAGAUGGAACGUUAAACUUGGAAAAGGAGCUGAAAGAAUGUGCAGGCAGAGUAUUUGUGGACUCACAGCCAGAGUUCUGUCUCCCUGAGCGGGAACUGCUGGAUCUUUCAACCAUCGAUGUCAUCCUAAUCUCCAACUACCACUGUAUGAUGGCCCUGCCCUACAUCACAGAAAACACAGGCUUCACUGGCACAGUGUACGCCACAGAGCCCACUCUGCAGAUUGGAAGGCUGCUGAUGGAGGAACUAGUGAAUUUCAUGGAGAGAGUUCCCAAGGCUCAGACUGCCACCAUCUGGAAGAAGAAUGAAAUACAAAGGUUGCUUCCUGGACCACUGAAGGAUGCAGUUGAUGUUUGGACUUGGAAAAGAUGUUAUGGUAUGCAAGAGGUCAACUCUGCCCUCAGCAAAGUGCAGCUUGUGGGUUAUUCACAGAAAGUGGAGUUGUUUGGAGCUGUACAAAUCUCUCCAUUAAGCUCCGGCUACUCAUUAGGUAGCUCCAACUGGAUCAUCCAGUCUCAUCAUGAGAAAGUUUCCUAUGUUUCAGGGUCAUCACUCCUCACCACCCAUCCACAGCCUAUGGAUCAAAGCUCUCUGAAGAACAGUGAUGUUCUCAUCCUCACAGGCCUCACCCAGAUGCCUACUGCCAACCCAGAUGGCAUGCUGGGAGAAUUCUGUAGCAAUCUAGCUAUGACAAUUCGUGCUGGAGGCAACGUGCUUGUCCCAUGCUACUCUUCCGGUGUGAUUUAUGACCUACUGGAAUGUCUAUACCAGUUCAUUGAUAGUGCCAACCUGGGUACUACCCCCUUCUACUUCAUCUCCCCUGUGGCCAACAGUUCCUUGGAGUUCUCACAGAUCUUUGCUGAAUGGCUCUGUCACAACAAGCAGUCAAAGGUGUAUCUUCCAGAACCUCCAUUCCCCCAUGCAGAGUUGAUCCAAAGCAAUAAGCUGAAGCACUACCCCAGCAUUCACGGUGACUUCAGCAGUGACUUCCGCCAACCGUGUGUGGUGUUCACAGGCCACCCCUCACUACGUUUUGGGGACGUCGUCCACUUCAUGGAGCUGUGGGGCAAAUCCAGCCUGAACACCAUCAUCUUCACUGAACCAGACUUCUCCUACUUGGAUGCUUUGGCUCCCUAUCAGCCGCUGGCCAUGAAGUGUGUUUACUGUCCUAUUGACACACGUCUUAACUUCCACCAAGUGUCAAAGCUGCUCAAGGAGGUCCAGCCUGUCCAUGUGGUAUGUCCCGAGCAGUACACCCAGCCUCCAAUGACCCAGUCUCAUCGCUCUGACCUGAUGUUGGAGCUGCAGCCUCCUCCCAUGCCAUACAGACGGUGCUCCGUGCUCAGCCUUCCCUUCAGAAGACGUUUCGAGCGUGUCUAUAUUAUGCCUGAGCUGGCCAACUCCCUGGUGCCUUCUGAGGUCAAACCUGGCAUCUCCGUGGCGACUGUCUCCGCCAUUUUGCAAUCCAAAGACAACAAGCACACACUGUCGUCUGUUCCCAAGCCUCCUCCAGCCCCUCCGACCAAGAAAAGAAAACGAGUGAUGGAGGAGCCCCCAGCAGGUCAAGCGCCCAAACCCCUGCUCAGUGGAGCCGUACCCCUAGAAGCUUUUCUUAUCACUCUACAGAAGCAUGGAAUCACAGAAGUAAAAGUGGAGGAGACUGCAGACGGACACAUCCUACACCUGCAAGCGGAGGACACGCUAAUUCAGCUGGAGGAGGACGGCACACAUAUCGUGUGUGACAACAAUGAGCCACUGCGCACGACAUUGCGAGAUCUGGUGCUGCGCUUUUUGCAGAAAAUCUGA